AUGUGUUUUUCAAAGACAAAGAACUCUUCUUACGGGAAGGAUCAAUCUUCCUCACAGAAGAAGAACCUUAUACCGCCGGCUAGGCCUGUUUCUCGCCCAGCUACAGCUACUAAUGGAUCCGUACGAUCAACUGGAAAAACCAGAAAGGUGCCGGCUGCUCCCACUGCUCCCACAGCACAACCAGCCGUAAAAGUAGCCUCUCCAACAAUAUCCCUCAAGAGUUUACCAGCAGCAAUUGUUCCCGUUACAGGUGGCCCGACAGAAACAGGGGCAACAUUAAUCAAUCCAUCACUAUCUACUGUUACCACCACCCCAGCGCCUUGCCUCGCAGUUCCCAGCUCGGUCUUACCGUCGCAACCUCCAGGGGCAUCGAGGGUCUUCUCUUUGGAGGAGGCGCGCAACAGCAAAAAGUUGACUCGGGAAGAACUGGACAGCAUCAAUACUGAUCAAGAUAUCAGGCAGGUGCUUAAGGAGCUCGUGGAGGAGAUAGAGCGCAAGAAAAACGAGUGCGAGGAUAAGCAAUGGACUUAUACAACUCGAGGAGGCGAUAAGAGACUUGUGAGGGACUCUGUAAGUGCCUGUCUCACAAAUUUAGCGAAACUAGUGACUGUAGGAGAUGCGACAGUCGCCGCACUUCCUUCAAUCGCGGCUGCUCCGUGGGGCGUCUUAAAAUUCCUCUUGACGGUAAGUGAAGAGUAG